AGAAAGUCGAGCAAAGCGAAGGAGAAGAAGCAGAAGCGGCUGGAGGAGCGAGCAGCGAUGGACGCUGUCUGUGCCAAAGUGGACGCCGCCAACAGGCUCAGAGAUCCCUUAGAGGCCUUUCCUGUGUUCAAGAAGUACGACCGCAACGGGUUAAAUGUCUCCAUUGAAUGUAAGCGAGUCUCGGGACUGGAGCCAGCCACCAUCGACUGGGCCUUUGACCUCACCAAGACCAACAUGCAGGCCAUGUAUGAGCAGAGUGAGUGGGGCUGGAAGGACCGAGAGAAGCGGGACGAGAUGACGGACGACCGGGCCUGGUACCUCAUUGCCUGGGAAGACCGGUCCGUCCCCGUGGCUUUCUCUCACUUCCGGUUUGACGUGGAGUGCGGGGAUGAAGUCCUGUACUGCUAUGAGGUGCAGUUGGAAAGCAAGGUGCGGAGGAAAGGCCUGGGGAAGUUCCUCAUCCAGAUCCUGCAGCUCAUGGCCAACAGCACCCAGAUGAAGAAGGUGAUGCUGACGGUAUUUAAACACAAUCACGGCGCCUACCAGUUCUUCAGAGAAGCGCUGCAAUUCGAAAUUGAUGACUCUUCCCCCAGCAUGUCUGGCUGCUGUGGGGAAGACUGCUCCUACGAGAUCCUGAGCCGAAGGACCAAGUUUGGGGACAGCCAGCACUCUCACUCGGGCGGGCACUGUGGUGGCUGCUGCCACUGAGCCCCAGAGCCCCUUUGAGGCCCACCACUUGCUCCUCAGGCCCAUCUUCCCUCCGCUCUAGCCUCUGGCGGGGCGUCCUUGGAGCCUUGACCUCAGCCCUGCCCAGACCAGGCUGUCCCCCAAAGCAAAGACUCCCUUGGGGAGGCGAUGGUUCAGACUGCAGACACGCCCUCCUCUGAUCUCCCUGGAGAGCGAAUGCCGGCCAAUCGGGGGGAGAGGAGGCAGCCCCCAAACUCAGCCGGAGUCGCUUCCUCACACCAGGCUUGAGGGCCCCACUUCUGUGCAGCUGGAGUUCCCCACAGCUGCUGGACGCUCACCUGGACAGAUGGCGGGGUCCUGCGCACCACCUCACAGGCCUGGAGCCCCUGGCUCCAGAGAGGGCAGUCGGGGAGUAGCUCAGGGCAGCACAAAGAAGGGGGCUGAGAUAGGGAGCUCUUCGUGGAUCUGCAGUGAGUAGCCCACAGGGGACCAUCGGACUCCAGGAGGAAGUCGCCCUUAUUGCCACCGUGGGAGGAGCAAAGGUCACCCUUGCCGUUGAAACUCUGCCACAGUCUGAGCUGAGCUGCUCAGGCUGCGAGUGUUUGUUCUGGGAGAAAACCAGAGCUCACACCCUCGCCUCCGCCCCUCGCUCUAUCUCAGGGGACAAACGUCAGGGAGCCCUGCUCUGCUCUGCAGGGUCCUGGCCUGGACCCAGGAUGUGCUUCCUUCAUACCUUGGUGCUGAUAGCUCUCUGAAGGCGGGCGCUCCCACCUCCUUCCGAGAGCCCCCAGCCAGCAGCAGGCCGCUCUGCCUGCACGCCUCCUGCCUCAGGGAGGCACACCGCUGCCUCUGGUACCGGCCUAGGCCCAGCCUGAGUCCCCGACUGGAUCAGAGGUGGCAGCAGUAGUGACUAACCAAAUCUUUACCCAGGAGAAGGUACCGGCACUCCCGCUUGCGGGAGGGCCUGCCACUGGCCUUUUGACUGCUCUAGCCCUCACCAUCUGCCCAGCUCUCUGGUCGGGGCUGGGCACCAGCCCCUCUGCCGGGCACCCCUGCCACUCUGGACCCCACCAGCAGUGUGACUGGCAGCUCUACACUGGAGGGAGCCCACCCACACCCCGCCCUGGGCUUCCUGGAGCCCCUGGCUGGAAGCCAGUGAACUGGUUCCUCCCAGGGGCCCUGCAGCCAGCAAGUGUGUUGGGGUGUCUCUCCAAGGACAUGGGUCAGGUAGUAGGUUUUGGACCAAAAGGGGCCCCAGUGUCCACAUCAGGUGAGUUCACACCAUCUAUCCUUUCGGCCACUUCCCACAGGGCUUCACAUCUCAGGCCAGCCCAGCACGCCGCCCUGGCCUUGGGGACCCCGCUCACGUCUUCCCCCGGGCCUUUGGUGGGGCGCUCCGUGUCGUGCUCCCACCCCGUCUCGUUGUGUCGGUGACACACGUUUCGUUCUGUUUGUCGUGUUAGAGGAUAUUGGGGGACUCCUUGAUGGCCUUUUGUUAUCACUGGGGCUGCAGGGGAAACUCUGGCCUCCUAUCCGUUGGAUUUGUAUGUCGCAAAUAAAAGACACUUUGUUCA